GGCUGGGGGCAAGAUGGAGGCGCAGGAGCUGUUUCGCCGCUUGGGUGCCGGGGCUCGCUUCGAUGUGCGGCGGUUCGGGGUGGAUGCGCGGAGGUUUGGGGUGAUAAAGGGCGGCAGCGGUGGCGUUUCGCCGGAGAGCCUCGACUUCUUCGGCCGCAAGGAGGAAGCCCCCCUGGGAUCUGCGGAAGAGGGCUGGGGGCCAGUAGGAGAGGAGGUGAAGGGUGGGGAGAAGCAGGAGGAUGGAGCAGGGAACAGCGAUGGAGAGAUGGCAGGAAAGAGAAAAAGAACAGCACAAAGCAGUGAAGGGAAAAGGAAAAAGAAAAAGACAAAAGAAGCAGCAGCCAUGCCUGAGCUGUCAGAAAAUAAUGGAAUCAAGUGGAUGUCCUCUCUGGAAGCAAAAUUUGAAGAUGCAAAAGACAAAAAACCUACUGCAGAAAAACUUGAACGUUUGAGAAGAGAAAAGAUAAACCGCUUCAGAAAUCAACACAAGAUCAAUGUCCAGGGAACAGAUCUUCCUGACCCAAUUGCCACCUUUGAUCAACUCCAGAAGGAAUACAACAUCCACCCCAAAAUCAUGGAGAACAUCCAAGCUGCUGGCUUCCGGGUCCCCACGCCCAUCCAGAUGCAGGCUAUUCCUGUCAUGCUCCAUGGUCGGGAACUUCUGGCUUCAGCUCCUACUGGGUCUGGAAAAACCCUGGCAUUCUGUGUUCCUCUCUUGGCACAUCUGAGGCAACCAAGGAACAAAGGAUUCCGAGCUCUGAUCAUAUCGCCUACCCGAGAGCUUGCCAGCCAGACACAUCGGGAGCUGGUGAAGCUGGCGGAGGGGACAGGCUUCCGGAUCCACAUGAUCCACAAGGCAGCUGAAGCAGCAAAGAAAUUUGGGCCCAAGUCAUCUAAGAAAUUUGAUAUACUAGUUACUACUCCAAACAGACUCAUUUAUUUGCUGAAACAAGAUCCUCCUGCCAUAGACUUGACCAGUGUGGAGUGGCUGGUGGUGGAUGAAUCAGACAAGCUGUUUGAAGAUGGGAAGUCAGGGUUCCGAGAGCAGCUGGCUUCCAUCUUCCUGGCAUGCACUUCCCACCUGGUGAGGAGAGCCCUGUUCAGUGCAACCUUUGCCCAUGAUGUAGAGGAGUGGUGUAAACUCAACCUGGACACUGUCGUUCUGGUGUCUGUUGGAGCAAGAAACUCUGCAGCGGAGACAGUAGAACAAGAGCUGCUGUUUGUUGGGUCUGAGACAGGAAAACUAACAGCAAUGAGGGAGCUCAUUAAAAAGGGUUUUGCUCCUCCAGUCCUGGUGUUUGUGCAGUCUAUUGAGAGAGCUAAAGAGCUUUUCCAUGAACUUAUUUAUGAAGGCAUCAAUGUGGAUGUCAUCCAUGCAGACAAAACUCAGCAACAGAGAGAUAAUGUAGUCCACAGUUUCAGAGCUGGGAAGAUCUGGGUGCUCAUCUGCUCAGCCUUGCUGGCUCGAGGGAUUGACUUCAAAGGUGUGAACAUGGUCAUCAAUUAUGAUUUGCCAACGAGUGCUGUGGAAUACAUCCACAGGAUAGGUCGUACUGGACGAGCUGGGCAUACAGGAAAAGCAGUCACUUUCUUUACAGAAGAUGAUAAACCUUUAUUAAGGAGUAUAGCCAAUGUGAUCCAGCGAGCUGGCUGCCCUGUCCCAGAUUACAUCAAACACUUGCCCAGGCUGCAGAGCAAACAAAAGAAGAAAUUCAUUAAGAAACCAUUGAAAAGAGAAUCCAUUUGUACCACCCCUCAGUGCUUCUUAAAAAAAGCCAAAAGAAAAAUGAAAACUACAAAGGAAAAUAUUAAGGAAAAAAAGAAAGUUAAAGAAGAUAAAAAUGGCAGUAAAAUGCAGACUGUUUCAAACAGCUGAACAGCAACAAACUGCUGGUGGGCUGGGACUGACACCUCUGACUGUACUGAAGAACAGAAGAAUGAAGAUAGCAACAAAGGUGAAGGGGAAAAAAGCAUUUCUUAAGUUUCCUUCUGGUGAGGAUAGAUGUUGACAUGCAAGAAAGUCUCUACUGAAACACCAGUAGCAAAUUCCUGAAUGCUUCUCAUAGAAGCUGAAGAGUGCACUCCUGCAGUAAAUGCCUUGUGUUUCUGAACAAUAGUUAAAAAAAUAGCAUCUGUUUGUGUUACUAUCAUGCAGUUUUGUACUACAUCUUGGAACUUCUGACAGUUUUCUGUUCAGAUCAUCCCUAAUAUGUUUGUCAGACUUCCAGAAGAUUCAUUGGCAGAAACCAUGCACAGCUUGCUGUUAGGCUUGAGAAGUGCAGCUGUCAAAGACUUCCCUGGGCAGUUUAAAAAACAAACCAAACCCACUUGUUUUGUAUGUGAAAGUCAAGCCUUGCUCCUCCUACUUGUUUUGCUUCUAUAAAAUAAUUUUGAAAUAACCAGUAUUUCCGUGUCUUUCAACUCUACUAGAAUUUUGUGCUGUUUGAUAUUUAAGCCUCUAAACAAUAAAGAAGGUUAUAAAAUA